CUUCGCUCUGCACCCCACGGCCCGCCAUGGGCCCUCUGUGCCGCAGUCUCUCCGCGCUCCUGCUGCUGCUGCAGGUCCCAUCGUGGCUUUGCCAGGAGCCGGAGCCCUGCCGUCCUGGCUUUAGUGCCGAAAGCUACACAUUCACGGUGCCCCGGUGGCACCUGGAGAGAGACCGUGUCCUGGGCAGAGUGAGCUUUGAAGGAUGCACUAGUCAACCAAGGACAGUCUACAUUUCUGAUGACCUCCGAUUCAAAGUGGACACAGAUGGUGUCAUCUCAGUCAAACGGCCUCUACAGCUUCAUAAACCGGAGACCAGUUUCCUCAUCCACUCCUGGGACUCCACCUACAGAAAGUUGUCUAGCAAAGUGACACUGAAGGCAGUCGGGCCCCAUCACCACCACAACCGUCACCACCAUCAGGACCGCUCUGGAAAUCACACAGAAGUGCUUACCUUCCCCGGCUCUCACCAUGGCCUCAGAAGACAGAAGAGAGACUGGGUUAUCCCUCCCAUCAGCUGCCCAGAAAAUGAGAAAGGCCCAUUCCCUAAAGAUCUGGUUCAGAUCAAAUCCAACAGGGACAAAGAAACCAAGGUUUUCUACAGCAUCACUGGCCAAGGAGCUGACAAACCCCCUGUUGGUGUGUUUACUAUUGAAAGAGAAACAGGAUGGCUGAGGGUGACAGAGCCCUUGGACAGAGAAAGCAUUGCCAAGUACAUCCUCUUCUCUCAUGCCGUGUCAUCCAAUGGGAAUGCAGUUGAGGAUCCGAUGGAAAUUGUGAUCACAGUGACAGAUCAGAAUGACAACAAGCCUGAGUUCAUCAAGCAGGUCUUUGAGGGCUCUGUCAUGGAAGGCGCUCUUCCAGGAACCUCCGUGAUGCAGAUCUCGGCCACUGAUGCGGACGAUGACGUGAACACCUACAAUGCCGCCAUUGCUUACCGCAUCCUCAGCCAAGACCCUGAGCUGCCUGUGGCGAAUAUGUUCACUGUCAACCCGGAAACAGGGGUCAUCAGUGUGGUCACCCCUGGGCUGGACCGAGAGAGUUACCCCGAGUAUACCCUGAUAGUUGAAGCUGCUGACCUUCAAGGUGAAGGCUUAAGCACAACAGCAACAGCUGUGAUCACGGUCACCGACAUCAAUGAUAACCCUCCCAUCUUCAACCCCACCAUGUACUUGGGCCAGGUGAAUGAGAAUGAGGCCGGUGCUGUCAUUACCACCCUCAAAGUGACCGAUGGUGAUGUCCCCAGCACCCUGGCGUGGCAGGCUGUGUACACCAUAUUAAAUGAUCAAGAACAACAAUUUGUUGUUGUUACAGAUCCUGAAACCAAUGAUGGCAUUUUGAAAACAGCUAAGUCCAUGGCCACCUGCUACUUGUAUUUUAUUUUUACCCUCACUUUUUCUGCUCUCCAGGGCUUGGAUUUUGAGGCCAAGCAGCAGUAUGUGCUACAUGUUACAGUGAACAAUGAGGCCCCCUUUGCGGUGACUCUAGUGACCUCCACAGCCACUGUUACUGUGGAUGUGAUAGACGUGAAUGAAGCCCCCGUCUUUGUGCCUCCUGAAAAGAGAGUGGAAGUGCCUGAAGACUUUGGCGUGGGCCUGGAAAUCACCUCCUACACCGCCCGGGAGCCAGACACAUUUAUGAACCAGAAGAUUACGUAUCGGAUUUGGAGGGAUACUGCCAACUGGCUAAAGAUUAAUCCAGAGACUGGUGUCAUUUCCACUCAGGCCGAGAUGGACAGAGAGAACUUUGAGCAUGUAAAGAACAACACGUACACAGCUCUGAUCAUUGCUACUGACAAUGGUUCUCCAGUUGCCACUGGGACGGGGACCCUUCUUCUGGUCCUCUCUGAUGUGAAUGAUAAUGCUCCCAUUCCUGAGCCUCGGAAUCUGCACUUCUGCCAAAAGGAUCCCCAACCCCAAUUCAUCAACAUCAUUGAUCCAGACCUCCUCCCCAAUACCUUUCCCUUCACGGCCGAGCUAACCCACGGGGCCAGUGUCAACUGGACCAUUGAAUACAGCGACCCAGGUCAAGAGUCUCUCAUUUUGAAACCAAAGAAAACUCUAGAGUUUGGUGACUACAAAAUCAAUCUCAAACUCAUGGAUAACCAGAACAAAGACCAGGUGACCACCCUGGACGUCAUUGUGUGUGACUGUGAAGGGGCUGUCAACAACUGUGUGAGGGCGAAUCCACUGGAAGCAGGAUUGCAACUUUCUGCCAUUCUGGGAAUUCUUGGAGGAAUCCUUGCUUUGCUUAUCCUGAUCCUGCUGCUCCUGCUGUUUGUGCGGAGGAGAGCGGUAGUCAAAGAGCCCUUGCUGCCCCCAGAGGAUGACACCCGGGACAACGUUUAUUACUAUGAUGAAGAAGGAGGUGGAGAAGAGGACCAGGACUUUGACUUGAGCCAGCUGCACAGGGGCCUGGACGCUCGACCGGAGGUGACUCGUAAUGAUGUGGCACCAACCCUCCUGAGCAUGCCCCAGUAUCGUCCCCGCCCCGCCAAUCCUGAUGAAAUCGGGAAUUUUAUUGACGAAAAUCUGAAGGCGGCUGACAGUGACCCCACAGCCCCACCUUAUGACUCACUGCUGGUGUUCGACUACGAGGGCAGCGGGUCGGAAGCUGCCAGCCUCAGCUCCCUAAACUCCUCAGAGUCAGACCAGGACCAGGACUAUGACUACCUCAACGAGUGGGGCAACCGCUUCAAGAAACUGGCAGACAUGUACGGAGGCGGCGAGGACGACUAG